AGGCAAGCAUAAGAAGGAAGGCCUGUUAGUCUUAGGGGCAUAUGGCGGCGGAUCCAGAAAAAGAUAGCGAUAAACCCCGUAGCUAGCCACUCUCUUAAGUAUCCCCGACUCAUUGGUCGUAUCAACGGCUCAGAUUGAAUUCCACCUCCUUAUCCGAUGGCUCAAGCAAUAACCGCGUUUUACGAAGCCAACCCAUGAAUCUGUCAUCUUAAUAUAAACAAAAAUAAAUAAAUUACUGACUAUUUAAGUUUUACAAGACCCUAACCGUGUUCCUCCUUUAGAGAGUUUCCUUCUUCUUCUUCUUCUAGUUUCUCCAGCCUCCGCCCCCAUCUCCUUAAACCCUCCUCUCUCUACAUAUAUAUCAUCAUUCUUUCUCUCUCUACAAAGAAGACUAAGAAAAGAAUAAACUGUUUUUCUUUCUUUUAUUUUCUUAAGGUUUUCAGAUUCAUUGGCCGGUUAAUAUUAGUUUGAAUUUGCUUUUGUACUGAUAGAGGGAGGAACCAAGGUAUAAAAGCAGAAAAUAUGCAAUCCAACAGUUCUGAUUCGUCGCAGCCACAGCAACAAGAGCAGCAGAAUCAACGACCGCAACAACAACAGCCACAUCCGCAGCAGCAAUGGAUGGCGAUGCAGUACCCGGCGGCGGCUAUGGUAAUGCAGCACCAGAUGAUGCCACCACAGCAUUACGCGCCGUCGCCUCAGCACUACAUGGCGUACCACCAGUAUCAGCAGCAGCAGCAGCAGCACCACCACCACCACCCCCAGCUACCGGGAUCUGGUGGCGGUGAGAAUAAGACUAUUUGGGUCGGAGAUUUGCACCAUUGGAUGGAUGAAAAUUACCUCCAUAACUGCUUUGCUUCCACUGGGCAGAUUUCUUCCAUUAAAAUUAUACGCAAUAAGCAGACUGGUUUGUCUGAGGGCUAUGGCUUUGUGGAGUUUUUUUCACAUGCAACAGCUGAGAAAGUUCUACAGAACUAUGCUGGCAUUUUGAUGCCUAAUACAGAUCUACCCUUCCGCCUCAACUGGGCAACAUUUAGCACCGGCGAAAAGCGCUCAGAUAAUAAUGCUUCUGAUCUUUCAAUUUUUGUAGGAGAUUUAGCUGCAGAUGUUACAGAUAGAUUAUUGCAUGAAACUUUUGCCAGUAAAUACCCGUCUGUUAAAGCUGCAAAAGUUGUCUUUGAUGCCAAUACCGGCCGAUCAAAGGGUUAUGGUUUUGUAAGGUUUGGAGAUGAUAGUGAAAGGACUCAGGCAAUGACAGAAAUGAAUGGUGUUUAUUGUUCCAGCAGGCCUAUGAGAAUUGGUGCUGCAACUCCUAGGAAGUCCUCGGGAUAUAGUCAACAUGGAGGGUAUGCACCUAAUGGUGCAUCAACCCAAGGCUUCCAACCUGAAGGAGACUCUUCAAACACAACAAUAUUUGUUGGAGGGCUUGACCCUAAUGUUACUGAUGAAGAUCUCAGGCAACCUUUCUCUCAGUAUGGUGAAAUAGUCUCAGUUAAAAUUCCAGCUGGAAAAGGAUGUGGAUUUGUGCAAUUUGCCAACAGAAAUAAUGCAGAGGAAGCACUGCAGAAGUUGAAUGGAACAGUAAUUGGGAAGCAAACGGUUCGCCUCUCAUGGGGUCGCAAUCCAGUCAAUAAGCAGUUCAGAGGGGAUUUUGGCAACCAAUGGAGUGGGGCAUACUAUGGAGGACACGUUUAUGAUAGCUAUGGAUAUGCGGUACCACCUCAUGAUCCAACCAUGUACCCUGCAGCAUAUGGUACUUAUCCUAUGUAUGGAAGCCACCAGCAACAAGUAAACUGAUCAAAGCCUCAAAUCUGUUUAUGGCAGCCAUCGAAGAACAAGUGAACAACUUACCAAAAGCUUCCACCUGUGAAUGGCAUCCAUCAGCAGAAAAGCAAAGCUUGUGAGCUACAAGGAAGUAGUUCUAGUAAUUUGACAAGUUCAUGACUCUAGAACCUGUGAUUCUGUAACUCGAUCGCUUGGUGCUGUAGGAUUCUUAUUAAUCCCUCCUUUCAUAAAGGAGUGGAACUGAAUUUUGAUAAAAGUGAGGUAGUGUUAUAAGGAGUUGGUUAAUAAUUUAGCUAGAGCUGGACUCUCGGAAUUUAGAAAAAAAUUAUUUAAAAUGCAUGGCAUGAAAUAUUAUUUAUCUCAA